AUGUCUCCAUAUAGAUUAGUGUAUGAAAAGGCUUGCCAUUUGCCUGUAGAGCUGGAACAUAGGGCGUAUUGGGCUAUUAAGCAAUGCAAUUUUAACUUUGAUAACGCUGGUUGUGUGAGAAAAUUGCAAUUAUCUGAAUUGGAUGAGUUUAGGAUGGAUGCUUACAACAAUUCUAAAUUGUCCCAGGAAAUAAUGAAGAACUUCCAUGAUGAACACAUUCAGUGUAAGACUUUUGAGCCUGAUCAACAAGUGUUAUUGUACAACUCUCGAUUGCACUUGUGUCCUGGUAUGUUAAGGUCUCGGUGGAGUGGGCCUUUUGUGGUAAAGAAUGUUUUUCCUCAUGGUGUCGUAGAGAUUUUGAAUCCUCACAAUGGUAACGUUUUUAAGGUUAAUGGUCAAAGGCGCAAGCUUUUUAUCUCUAAUUUUGCAUCUGAGGAAUCUACUCUACAUCUGCUUGAUCCCACUUAG